AUGACUAUUGAGCAAGCAUUGUAUUUUGUGCUUCUUUUUUUGUUUUUUGUUUUUGCAGGUGGUUCACUGCACCCUGAAGAAUCUUCACUGGUUGUGAAUAAAGGGGAGGAACUAAGGCUGAGGUGCAACAAGGAGGGACCUGUGACUUGGCAUUUCCAGAACUCAAACCCAUUGGCGAAAGCAAGGCGUUCCAAUGUCAAAGAGUGGUACACCCAAAACACAACAGUCAGAGACAUAGGCAGAUACAUAUGCAAAAGUAAAGAGGAUGUUGUCAACUCUUUUUAUGUUUUUGUUAAAGAUCCAAACGUGCUCUUCCUUGUUGAUUCUCUGAUCUAUGGAAAAGAAGACAGUGACAUCCUGCUGGUAUGCCCACUAACAGAUCCAGAUGUUUCAAAUUUCACACUGAGAAGAUGUGACGGCAAACCUCUCCCCAAAAACAUGACCUUCAUUCCCAAUCCCCAGAAAGGCAUCAUCAUCAAGAAUGUACAGAGGUCUUUUAAGGGCUGCUACCAGUGCGUGGCCAAGCACAAUGGAGUUGAGAAAACAUCGGAGAAGAUUUUCCUGAAUGUGAGGCCAGUUCAUAAAACUCUUCCUGUCAUCACCUUAUCCAAAAGCUACGAGCUUCUCAAAGAAGGGGAAGAAUUUGAAGUUACGUGCAUCAUCACGGAUGUGGAUAGUAGCGUACAAGCUAGUUGGGUUUCUCGCAGAAGUGGGAUUGUUACAAGCAAUAGCAGAAAUUUGGGUGAUUAUGGAUACGAAAGGAAAUUAACAUUGAACAUCCGUUCAGUGGGAGUUAAUGAUUCUGGCGAAUUCACAUGUGAAGCAGGAAACCCUUUUGGAAAAACGAAUGCCACAGUAACCUUGAAAGCACUAGCUAAAGGAUUUGUGCGUUUGUUUGCAACAAUGAAUACCACAAUAGACAUAAAUGCAGGACAAAAUGGAAAUCUAACUGUUGAAUAUGAGGCAUAUCCAAAACCAAAGGAAGAAGUCUGGAUGUACAUGAACGAAACAUUACAGAAUUCAUCAGACCAUUAUGUCAAGUUCAAGACUGUGAGCAAUAACAGUUACACAAGUGAACUUCACCUUACCCGAUUAAAAGGAACAGAAGGAGGCAUUUACACAUUUUUUGUGUCCAAUUCUGAUGCCAGCUCCUCUGUAACAUUUAAUGUCUAUGUGAAAACAAAACCAGAGAUUCUCACCUUGGAUAUACUUAGCAAUGGUAUUCUUCAGUGUGUAGCAGCUGGGUUCCCAGCCCCCACCAUAUACUGGUAUUUCUGCCCAGGAACCGAGCAGAGGUGUUAUGAUUCACCGACACUGUCCCCCAUGGAUGUCAAAGUCAGUUACACCAAUUCAUCAGUGCCUUCAUUUGAACGAAUCCUGGUUGAAAGCACCAUUAACGCCAGCAUGUUCAGUAGCACUGGCACCGUGUGCUGCGAGGCCUCCAGCAAUGGGGACAGGAGCUCUGCUUUCUUCAAUUUUGCUAUUAAAGAACAAAUCCGCACCCAUACCCUUUUCACUCCUUUACUAAUUGCAUUUGGAGCCUCUGCAGGACUCAUGUGCAUCAUAGUCGUGAUCCUGGUGUAUAUAUAUUUGCAGAAACCGAAAUACGAAGUUCAGUGGAAAGUUGUUGAAGAAAUAAAUGGAAACAACUAUGUUUACAUAGACCCAACGCAACUUCCUUAUGAUCACAAAUGGGAAUUUCCUAGAAACCGGUUGAGUUUUGGUAAAACCCUUGGUGCUGGAGCUUUUGGAAAAGUUGUUGAAGCCACAGCUUAUGGUCUAUUUAAAUCUGAUGCUGCUAUGACAGUAGCAGUAAAGAUGUUGAAACCAAGUGCCCAUUUAACGGAAAGAGAAGCCUUGAUGUCAGAGCUUAAAGUGCUGAGUUACCUUGGAAACCACAUUAAUAUUGUGAAUCUCCUUGGAGCCUGCACUAUUGGAGGUCCCACUCUGGUCAUUACAGAAUAUUGCUGCUAUGGUGAUCUUUUAAAUUUUCUGAGGCGGAAACGAGAUUCAUUCAUUUGUCCAAAGCAUGAAGAACAUACAGAAACAGCAGUUUAUGAGAACCUUUUGCAUCAGGCAGAGCCUGCGGCUGAUGUUGCCAAUGAGUACAUGGACAUGAAACCAGGAGUGUCAUACUCAGUCCCACCAAAACCUGAUAAAAAAAGACCAGUGAAGUCUGGAUCCUACGCCGAUCAGGAUGUUAGCCUUUCUAUGUUGGAAGAUGAUGAACUUGCACUAGAUGUUGAAGAUCUGCUAAGUUUUUCUUACCAGGUGGCAAAAGGCAUGAGCUUCCUUGCCUCCAAAAAUUGCAUUCAUAGGGAUCUGGCUGCAAGAAAUAUUCUUCUCACUCACGGUCGAAUAACAAAAAUCUGUGACUUUGGCCUGGCAAGAGAUAUAAGGAAUGACUCAAAUUAUGUGGUCAAAGGAAAUGCUCGUCUUCCUGUGAAGUGGAUGGCACCUGAAAGUAUUUUCAAUUGUGUCUACACCUUUGAGAGUGACGUCUGGUCUUACGGGAUAUUGCUUUGGGAGCUCUUUUCCUUAGGAAGCAGCCCAUAUCCAGGGAUGCCUGUCGACUCCAAGUUCUACAAAAUGAUCAAGGAGGGAUACAGGAUGUUCAGCCCUGAGUGUGCCCCACCUGAAAUGUAUGACAUAAUGAAGAGUUGCUGGGAUGCUGAUCCUUUACAGAGACCCACAUUUAAACAAAUUGUACAGCUUAUAGAGCAGCAGCUUUCAGAUCAUGCCCCGCGGGUUUAUGCAAACUUCUCAACUCCACCUUCCAGUCAAGGAAAUGUUCCAGAUCAUUCAGUGAGGAUUAACUCGGUGGGUAGCAGUGCUUCAUCUACUCAGCCUCUCCUGGUACGUGAAGAUGUUUGAGUGGCAUCUGGAAGAAGAGGAGGCCAGAUGUAUUAACUGUUUGUUUGGUGCAGGGGGUGAGAGAGGGAAGACUUCAAUAAUUUCUCUUACUUUUACUCACUACUACUACUGUGUAGCUGAAAUGUUGUUGUAAUACUGUCUUUUACCACACACUGUUACACAUAAAGUUAAUCUGCUGAGCACGGUUACAGGCAUCAUUGCAAUGUUAACUGAAGCUGUAUAUAUUUUGCUAUAUUGUGUGUAUUUGCAGUAGAGAGCCAGAUCUGAAGAAAAACAAACAAACAGCAACCAACAAAAGAAAUCCUGAGCCAGGGUGUGGAACAAGAUAACUGCAGAUCAAACCAAGUGUGCAGUGAUCCUUCUCUGGAUCUGUGCCUGAAAGGCAUACAGUAAUUUUCUAGUUAAUCUUGUUUUGCUGAAUUUAAGAAAUAAAUGAAUA